AAUAGCACUAUUAAGCACAGUAAAGAAGAACAAAGUUGCUAUUGGUUUGAACGAUUUUCUCCUGAUGAUAAAUUAAAGAAAAUAAAACUGAAGAGAAAGAUUAAUUUCUUAUUAUCAUCGAAAGCCGACGUUGAAUUUUUCUCUAAUGUGUUGUUUUGGAUAAUCAAGUGUUACGAUGGUGUCAAAAAAUAAGACAAUAUAUAUAUAUCAUAGUUGGAUGGUGUGUUCAAGAUUUGACCUCUCUAAAUGUAAAAAGCCAGCAGAAAUAGCCAGACGUGAACUUUGCAUUCACGGUAAUUCUUAUACUUGAACCCCGCAAACUAUCGUCGAAUUUCUUUAUUCCGCAACUCUAAAAAAUUAUUGAAAAAAUCAUUCAUGGUCAAAUACAAAAGUUCAUCGUAGACAAGAACAUACUAUAUAAAUACCAAUCUGGCAUUUCGUGCUCAUCACUCAACUGAUACCUGCCUAUUUUACCCGAAUGACAAGAUCCUCCAAGGGUUCGAAACGGGGAUGUUUACAGGCAUGAUCUUGAUUGACCUUCAAAAAGCAUUUGACACAACUGACCAUAGUAUUUUCCUGGAUAAACUGGUAUACCUUGGCUGCCAUCUUGUGGUUUUAAUCUUACCUUCAGGAUCGAUCAUUUACAGUCAACGCUGAAAAGGAGUACUUAAAGCAUGUCGAUCUGCCAUGCGAGGUCCCUGAAGGGCCUAUUCUUGGUCCUCUCAUCUUCCUUCUUUAUGUAAAUGACAUGGCACGAGCAGUCGUUUGUGACCUGCUUCUAUAUGCAGAUUAUUCUUGUUUAACUUCUAGAGACAAAAACAUUGAGCAAAUUGAGAGCAACUUGAAUAAGAAUCAAUUCUUUCUGUGAUUGGUUUAUAGAAAUCAAACUCAUCAUUCAUUUUGGAGAAGACAAAACGAAAUCCAUUCUUAUGAGUCGCAAGAUUCUUAACAAGUUGGACGUCAUUAGGGGAAAUAUAAAAAUCAAGCAACACUCAACGGUCACAUAUUUCAUAUGUGUUCUGAAUGAAACUCUUUCUGGGGCAUCAAUGGCAACUAGGGUGGUGGCAAAUAAGUAGCAAGCUAGAGUUUCUGUACAGGAAGCAGGGUAAGCCCCUUGGGAGGUUGCUUUUAAUUGCUUUUGCUCAACCUCAUUUUGAUUAUGCCAGCUCGUCCUGGUAUCCCGGGCUGAAUAAAAGGCUGUCCAAUAGAAUCCAGGCAGCACGAAACAAAUGCAUUCGUUUUUAUCUCAAUCUUAAAAAACACAGCAUAUAUUGUGGUUACGGAAUUCAAGGCUAUAAAUUCGCUCCCAACAAAGAACAGGAUAGACCAAUGCGUUUGUUUCAACGUCAUGAUUUUUUCAAAGGAACGCCCCCAGCGUCCAGUGUCGAGGUAUUUCAUCCGCUCAGGACCGGACUACACGAAAAUCAAGAUUUGAACUAAACCUACCAUGUCGGAAAAGCAAAACUGGACAAGCGUCCCAAAUAUAUGGUAUUAAAAGAAACCGUUAAGUAUUCAUUUAGAAACUCAUCGAAAAUUAAACUAAACCGACCGAGAAAUGAAAUUGGAAGAAGGACAUUCAAACAUAGAGCUGCAUUAACUUGGGACAUUAUUUCGGAUUAUAUUUAGUCACACAGAAACGCAUCAGUAUUUAAGAAAAAACUAAAAUCAAUGGCCGGGCUUUUAGAAACUAUUUCCUAAGAAAAAGAAAACAGUGCCAUAAAUUGUAAGGACGUUUACUACAUAUACUAUUAUAUUCUUUAUUGUAGGCAAUUCAAAAAAUUUACAUUUUAGGUGGUUUUAAUCUAAAAGAUUUGAUUAGUUAAAGAUUGUAUUAGGUUUACUUUAAUUUCAUAGAUAUUUUCCGUUUUAGAUGGCAGGUCCACAUCGGCAUUGUUUGCCUCCCAAAUUUUAAACCUGCUUAAACAAAUAAACAAUGUAUGUAUGCAUAUAAGAUGUAUGUAUGUAUGUAUGUUUGUACUACCUAGGGCCCAAAAUAUGGAAAAAAUUUCCAUCAGCAUUAAAAUCAACAUCUAAUAUCAACACCUUCAAACAUAAGAUCAAAGAUAAUUUUUUCAAAACAUAGUAAAAAAGAAGAUGGCAUAUAUGUCAACUACCAAGGACCGGUUUCUAACUAACGCCAGUAAAAAAUUCCUGUCUCAUCUCUUUUCCCGUCUUUUCUUUUCCCUUAUAAAUCAGCACCUUUAAGGAGACCAUUAUGGAAAUAAGGUCAGCUAGACCUUUUAAUGGCAUCCUGUCACUUAAAUUAGGGGUGUUUAUCUUUUUGUUUUUAAUGUAAAUUAUUGUAUUAUACUCUUUUAACUUUUAUAACUUGUAAAUACUUUUAGUGUGGCGAAUUAUACAUACAUACAUAUUUGUAACAACCUAGCUGCAUCGUUCAUCACAUUCUUUAUUUUCCUGUCAUUGGAAAUCUGUUUGAUUUUAUGCAAACAAUAAGCCUAAAUGCUUUAUGAAAAAUUAUUUAUGUUCCUUUCAAUAUGCUCAUGUAGCCCCCGUCUCACGUAGCAAGGUAGUCGUUUCAUAUGCAAGUGAUUAAUGUAGAGCAGAAGUCUUUUGAAAAGUAAAAUCGAGAUGCCUCUUAUCAAUUUGAUGUUUUUACUGCAGGCAUUGGCAAACUUCUGCUUUGCAAUCGAAAUGUUUGCAUCGAAGUAUGACGUGAUCAUCGGACAAGAAAGUCACAAUUUGCUUGAAGCUGGAUGUUCUAGAAUUUUCCAUAGAUGCAGCAUGGAUGGAACAUGUACUCAUGUGGUAAGAUACGCAAGCACGAGGGAAUAUGAAAUGAUAAAGGGUAAAACGGAAUUGAAGAACAUAAAAGAAAAAGAAAUUGUCGUUUGGGAGAAGGUUGCAGUUCAGCAAGCCAGGAACACAAUUAAAACUGAGAUGUCAUCCUGCAAAUCGCUGAAACAAAUUGGCCGAACAAGUGGACUCUACGACAUCCAGUUGCCAAGCGGAAUCCAUCAGGUGUACUGCGACAUGGAUACAAAUGGUGGUGGAUACACAUUUCUUUCAAAUGACAGUGUGUCAAGAAUCAGCCAAUCAGAUGUUGACUUUCUGUUGACUAACAACCACGAUGUGCUUCUGCGCAUUUUAAAGCCGGAUGGCUCACAACCUUAUACAGUGAUACAGCAAUACAAAGAUACAGGGGGACUCUCCGUCCAGUAUAGCAAUUAUGUUAACUACACCAAACCAACUAACGAUGCAAUGAGUGCCUACAUUUUUGUUGGUACCUUACCAGCAUCUUUUGCCAGAAAUAACGAUAAUCAAGGAUUCAUCUCAAAUGGCAUUCCGUUGUACUUUCAGAAUUGUGACAAAAAUCCCAACAAUUACUUUGCAUUCUUUUCCAAACGUAGGCAAGUAUCACUGAGAAGCAGGGUAGGAAGUUUAGGGGUUCGUUGGAGAGAGACAGCACGUCAACACUCACUAGCAAAAAUUCCACCAAACUUUUUUCUGUUCACUGAAAUGCACUACGGAGGUUGUGGAUUGUACAGCGAAAGUGUCAUGUGGGCAGACACAAGCGCUCCUGCCAUAGGUACUGCUCUAGGCCUACGUUAAAAAGGCACACAAAAGUUUUCAAGAACUUUGCCUUGUGUUACUGGGUUUCAGGAGAAUUCUUUGUCAUUUUUCAGAAAUUGAGGUGUUGCUGUGCAAUGUGAUUGUGUAAUAUAUUCUCUGUAAUUAUUUAACAUCUUUUCUCUUUCGAGAUCAAAUCAGAAAUAGAAUUGUUUGAGCAUCUAGCUAUCUAUGAACUACUGAAAUACUAUUCAAGAUAUACAGAUGUGUUUGUAGCUUGCGUUAAAAAGUUGCACUGAAAGAAAUUCAGAACUCAAAAUGAUCCAGGCUAAAUAAGAGAUUAGUUAAGCAGGCCUAUUGUUUUAUUGUAAAAUUAUAUAUUCAUGAAAUCUAUUCAGUGUUCUUAUUUUUACGACAUAAGUUUUGAAAAGGUUAAUGAUAGAAAAGAAAGGAAGGCCAAUGAUGAAUUGGAAGGACAUGGUGCUGGGUGGACGCUGAAGGGUUUGGCUCAAUCUGCAACAUACAUCUUGUCGCACAGGCAAGAGACCGGGAGCAACUUUCUGGCAAGGGGAGGCAUGGUUUUAUCAAUUCUAAUAUAUACGUUGAAAAGGAAGGGUCUUGCAAAGUCUUAGAAAAAACUUUUUAGGGCGGUGCCUAAUCAACCGUUUUACUUCUGAAUGAAAUAAAAAUAAAAUGGAAAAGAGCAAUAAAUGAAACAAAGUUUUGCAGUAAAGAGUGAACUUUAACAGAAGAACCACACCAACAACAGAUGAAAGAUCUAUCGAUUUUAUAAAGUUAUGAGGGAUUAUUAUCUAAAAUGUGAUUAUAAUAUUGUAAUACUGGAAAUGAAUGCUGCUUUUUACAUUUUCAACUACAUUAUUUUGAAAUUACAACAAUAUCUCAUUUUAUCAAGGAUAUGAAAAUAUAGAAUUACAUUUUAUCUCUCAUAUACAGUCACAAUUUUUGGAGUGAAGCGCGGGAGACGUAGGAGGACACAAUGAACGCUAAGAGUACAGCGGUUAACACCAUUUGAACAAACUUAUGCAUGGAGCUAGAUUCUAGUUAGGGGGCUAUUUCUCGACCUUUGAGGCGCUUAGCAGCUCUAGCCCCUCUCUGGCCUUGGGCCUGGAGUCGGACUCGGUGAGGUUAUGGUGUGACCGUCAAUGACCACUCAAAAAAGGAAAAAAUAGCGUCAUAAAUCAUGAUGGUGUUUUAUAAAUCAUGUCUCAAUUUCUUUUUAAGUUGCUUAACUCUGUCAAAGCAAUAAAAUAUUUCACAAUAAAAGAUUUAAUAUAUCAAAUAAAGCUGUUAAUAUUUUGACACUGUGGUCAACGCAUAUUAUCAUUUACUGAAGAGAAAAAGAAGAUAUCAGAGCUAAAAACAAAACUAAAAUAUAAAUAUAGUUAAAAAUUAUAUCAUAAUUAGAAAGAAUUACAAAUUUUAUCAGAUAAGACAGUAAAGUAUACCUACACAAACACCCGUCCCUGUGUUUUGGCACAUUACUCUAACAACAAGCAGAAUUCUUGAUCUUCUAAUCAGCCAAUUGUGACAGCGCCCAGUGAAACCAGGCUGAGGUUUGUAUAACAUCAUAUUUUCUUAGUUUUCUGGCAAACUGUGCUUGUCUUUUAUGCAUGCCAUUGUUUCAUUCUCGGUGUUACCAUUUUUUGUUCUUUUAUACUUUAAAUAUGUUUUUGGUACCGCAAAAUUUGAAGAUUGCACGAAAU